UGAAAAUAAUUGGUGGAAAAGAAGCUGGAUCAAAACCCUACAUGGUGGCUUUAUAUUUAUACGAUGCAGAUAGGCAGAUCCACCUGUGUGGGGGGACGCUGAUAGAACGGGACUGGGUUCUAACGGCAGCUCACUGUGAUCAGGGUGGAGUAAUAAAGGCUUAUCUUGGAACUAAGCAUAUAAAUCAAAGCAACAUGAAGGCCACGGAGGUGGUUCAGAAAAUUCAGCAUGAAAACUACAAUAGAACUUACAGCAAUGACAUCAUGCUUCUUAAGCUCAAAAACCCUGCAGUUCUAAAUAACAACAUACGUUUACUUGGCCUACCGGAAAAUACUGAUGACGUGAAACCUGGAACACUGUGCAAUGUGGCAGGAUGGGGACAGACACUGACCCUCCUUUAUUCUCCAACGCUUCAAGAGGUGAAUGUGACUAUCAUUGACAGAGAGACGUGCAACAGCAAGGACUAUUAUAAUCAUGAUCCAACCAUAACUGAGGAUCUGCUGUGUGCUUGUAACAAAACAGGCGGAGGAGACACAUGCAAAGGGGAUUCUGGCGGUCCUUUAGUAUGUGAAGGUAUUUUCAGAGGCAUUGUUUCUGGUGGAGAGGGUUGUGGCUUAGCAAAGAAACCUGGAAUAUAUGUAAACCUGAAUAAGAAAUAUGUUACAUGGAUAAAAGAGAAGAUUCAUCGACAUAACCACCGGGAAGAGUCUGGAAAUCAAGUUUAAAAUGUAAUGGGGUGUAACGUCAGAAUAUGCAUCUUGUCUCUAAUGGGUUGUCUAUUUGGCUUGUCAUCAUUUUACUUCUAUUAAAAAGUUGUACUCUUUCUAAUAAUAAUUAGAAAAUGAUUGUUACACUUUCAGCUAUAGCAUUUCUGCUGUACCUCUUAAUGUAGGUUCCAAUGGCUGUUCACUGAAGGCACAGUAAGUAGGCGAUAUUCUGUAUUUUGCAU